GUAUGUUGGAUAUGGUAAUAAUACAAAUGUGUCUAGAGAUACGAACCACACCCACAUGUUCACACACUCAAUCCCAAACUCUCUCUCUCUCCACAACACAAACGCACUCUUGUCUCUCUUCUCAAGUUCUCAGUCCUCCUCCAAUGGCGGACUACGAGGACGAGAUUGACCAGCAGAACCAACCAUUCAUCCCCAAAGAGACAGCCCUCCAAGCCCUAAACACCAUAAUCCAGCUCCACUUCGAGAAAACUCUAGAGAAAAAACGAGCCAUCGACCACCAGAAGAAGAAGCUCCACAAGCUAUUCCAGCUCUUCUUCAUCUUCCUCGCCCUCAUCUUCUUCUCCCUCUCACAGCCCUCAGGCCGUCUCGGCUGCCGCCACUGCUGGGCGCCAAUCGUCCUCCUCUCCUUCUCCCAUCUCUUCUUCUACGUCUCCGUAGCUCAAACCCUCCGCUGCAUCAACGGCUUCAAGUACCAGCGCCGCUGCCACAAGCUCACUCUCGGCCUCGCCACGCACAAGCUCCGUUUCAUCAAGUCGCGCAUAGCCGCGGGAGAUUUCUGCCUCGGUGGCGGCGGAGAAGACGAGGUCUCAGCCUCCGCUGCUGCUUGGGAUCUGGAAGUUCCGUAUCAGGAGCCACCGGAUAGCUACUUUGGCAAGUUUAAGAGAAACUGGGCUCUCUACUUUGGGUUCUUGAUCCUUCUUUACACUUUCAUGAUCUCCUUCUCUGUUGUCAUCCUCUGUUUCUAGUGGCUAUUUCGUUAUUUUUUACUUUACCCUUCUGAUUUUUAUCAUUCGUUAGUCUUCAGCUUAGAAGGGAUCACAAGAAGUUCGAAUCUUUUCACGAACCCAAGUCUUCAGCUUGAUGUAGAAACAAGGGAUCACGAAAAGUUCGAAACUUUGAAUCUGAAUUCAAGUCUUGAGCUACAUUGCUCUCUUUGUUCAUCUCA